AUGUCAGACUCGGGUCUUUCAGCUGCAGGGAGCAGUACAUACGCCUCGAAUACCCUCCAUGUUGGGGAUGGGACCUGGGAUUCGGGGCGGGAUACCUUCCUGCUGCCCAAUCUGAUGGGGGUCAAUUUUGAGACUAUGCGAUACAAUGGCAUGGGGAAUCGUUUCAAGGAUAUGGCCGGAUACCAUGCCCUAAUCAUUGCGCACGGCGUCAUUGCAACCAUCGUUUUCUUAGGCAUCGUUCCAACCUCCGCCAUAAUCAUCCGAUACUACUCUCGAUGGAAUCCAUAUUGGGCAUUCAAACUGCACGCCUGGUGCCAGGUCUUGACCUUGCUCCUGACCACAGUCGUGUUCGUGCUCGGGUGGUUCGCCGUCGGGCCGGCAAGAAGCCUGACCAACCCUCAUCAUGGAAUUGGCCUGGCUGUCUAUGUGAUAGUCAUUUUCCAAGUACUGUGGGGCUGGUUCCUACACAAGAGAGAGAGUAAGAGGCACAGAAUCCAUGUGCCCAUGAAACUUGUAUUCCACCGGUGGCUAGGUCGCGCUCUUGUCAUUCUUGGUAUUGUUCAGAUCCCUCUGGGACUGACACUCUACGGCUCACCUAAAGUCCUCUUCAUUUUGUUCGCUCUGGCGGCCUUCGCCUAUCUGGUACUUUACUUCAUUCUUUCCUACAGAUACGACGAGGCCGGAUAUCAUGGGGGAAGUGACCACGGCGGUGGACAUAGCCAUUAUACGGGGCCGUCCGAGGUCUCAGGACAUCCAGAGCAUCACACAGGAGAGGCACUAGCUGCCGGAGCUAUGGGUGCUGGCUUGGCCUCCAUGUUCAGACGACGUCCAAAUAGCCGACACACCAGUCGUACCUACGAAGAUUCCCGCACCUCUCUUUCUGAUGAAAAGUACUCGGAUGAGUCUUCGCGCCAUCAUGGUCGCGGUGGUGGUGGUUUUGGUAAAAAGUUACUCGAGAUUGGCGCACUCGCUGGAGCGGGUCUCAUGGCCAAGAAGUUCUGGGAUCGUCGAAAGAAGAAGGAAGACGAUGCAGAGUCAGGGCGUUAUAAGCCGGCCCAUUCUCGCAGCCACAGCUAUACAGAAGAGUCCCUGAGCCGGAUGGAAGAUGGUCGACCCGAGCCAACCCACCACACACCCCUCAAUCGCCCACCAAGCCGAGCACCAAGUAGGUCGCAAAGCCCAGGCUCAUCUUACUAUGACAGCACAUAUUUCACGGAGCCACCCAGACAAGACCACAAAGUUCGGAAUGCGGCUGCGGGUGCUGGUGCUUUCGCCGCUUUCAAGAGACUUUUCAGUCGUAACAAAAAAGACGAUGCUGAGAGGGAAAGACUAGACGACAUCCGACGUCGGGAUGAUGAGGACGAGGCCCUUCAAAGAGCAAACAGCAAACGACGGCCCCAAGGGGGAGCGGGACCCUAUCCACGAAGAAGGGCCAGCUCAUACAGUGAGACCGAUUACACUGAAACCGAUCUAUCUCGCCCGCCGCCACAACGUCGACAUGCCUCACACGAAGAAUCACUCCUCAGCCCUGAACCACUCGCUUCGGGUGCUGUCCAUAGCUCUGUGUCAGAAAUGCCGCCCAUGCCGCCUGUGCAUCAUCAUGGAUACUCCGGGGACAUUGCCUCAGAGCGUCCUCACUCACGUCACUCCAUCCCGCCUGCCGGGUCGGAGUUUACAUCAGGUGCGGCCGCUGGUGCAGCUGCCGGCGCGGCUCUGGAUUCUGCCUCUCGUCGCAAUAGAAGCAGCAGCAGACGCCGAGAAGAUGUCGCCUCACCACCAGUAUCCGUCAAAGUAAAGAUGCACAAUGACGGCCGGCAUGUGACACUCCGCCGACUGACCGAAGAAGAAGCAGCCGCGAGCCGUGAAGCCCGCCGCAGAGAGCGAAGAAGCUCGCGUCGUCGCAACAGCAGCGCGGGCUCUCUUUCCGGCAACGAAGACGCCGGUUACGAUCGCUGGCGUCGCGUCGAAGAGCUGGAACGCCAACAAGAGGAGCAAAUGCGUCGUGAACAGGCCGCUGCUGCUGCUCCUCCUGCGCCUCCUCCUCCCCUCGUUGCUCCUUCGGGUCCCGCUCCUACAUCCUCGUGGGCUGCUCCACCCUCGCAAGUCAGCCAGAUGCCACCCCCACCCCCGAUUCCCGCGCCUUCCAGCAUGCCCUAUGGCCCUGGAAGCAUAACCUCACCUCCAUAUACAGCUACUGAGAUGAGUGGCUCGUAUGCAAACAACCGUCGGCGUAGACGUGCAGAGCGAGCCAGAACUCGCCAAGAGAGACAGCAGCAGCAUGGUGUUGAAUUCACCUAA